CACUCCGGCGAGCCCUGGCGAUGCGUGCGUUAGUUUCAAUGCACGCGCCACGAUAACACGCCUUCUCAAUAAAUACUUUUUAUUAGGAUUUAUUUAUGCGCACGCGCAAAUGGUGAAAUAAAAAAGUUUAAUAAGUGCAAAGUUUAUGGAGUGACGAAAACUAGUGGCGAAAAGUUAUACGUAAAUUGCUAAAAUGAUUAAAGUAUCAGCAAUGAAGAUCGGUUUCCUCGGUGGCGGCAAAAUGGCGUUUGCCCUAGCCAACGGAUUCAUCUCAGCAGGUUUGGCAAAACCCGAUGAGAUCACGGCUAGUGUCCAUCCAUCCGAUGUGGUCAGUGCUGAAGCAUUCAAGAAAAUAGGAGCUACAGCAGUCUUCGAGAACAAGCCAGUGGUGGAGCGGUCUGAAGUGGUGAUAGUGUCGCUGAAGCCAGACGUGGUGGCACCAGUCCUCAAGGAGGUCAAGGAUCUGCCGGCUUCCAAGAACAAGCUGUUCAUAUCCAUAGCCAUGGGAGUCAAUACUACUUCUAUUGAGAAGGUUCUCCCAUCCGAAGCCCGUGUGAUCCGAGUGAUGCCGAACACCCCGGCCCUCGUGAACCACGGGGCCGCGGCCCUGAGCAGGGGCUCCAGGGCCACGGCCGACGACGCCAAGCUCACCAGCGAGCUGUUCAAGGCAGUCGGCACUUGUGACGAGGUGCCGGAGUACCAGAUGGACGCUGUCACCGCCCUGAGCGGCAGUGGGCCGGCUUAUGUGUACAUGAUGAUCGAGUCUCUGGCUGACGGCGGUGUUCGCUGUGGUCUGCCUCGCGACCUGGCCCUUCGCCUUGCCGCGCAGACCACGCUGGGCUCGGCCGCCAUGUUGCAGACCAACACACAUCCUGCUGUGCUCAAGGACAACGUCACCAGCCCCGCUGGAUCCACUGCUGACGGCACCUUCCACUUGGAACAGAAUGGUUUCCGGUCAGCCGUGAUCGGUGCAGUGUCCGCAGCCGCCGCCAGAUGUAAAGUGGUCAACAGCCAACUGAACAAAUAACCUUCGUUUUGUUGUCUUCGCUAAUCGCUUGUUGUAAAGUAAUAAACAAAUUGUGUUAUAUUAUAAGAGAGAUUUUAAUAAACUGUAUUUUCGUA